AUGAUUUGCUGCUUAAUCCUGAAAACUUCAAGACGCAUUUCGAGCGGUAUGCGUCGAGCAUUAUGUAUUUAUUGCUGUUCGGCAAGAGGAUUGUCCAUCCAGAUGCCAGCGAAAAACAAGAAGUUGACGGAUUUCUACGUCUUUUUGUCGGGGCAAAUGGGCUCUCGGAUUCUCUGCUCGAUAUUUUCCCCUUUCUAAACAGCCUUCCCGAACCGUUUGCACCGUGGAAAGCUACAGGGAAGAGGGUCAAUCAGGAAAUGAAAAGAAUUAUCAGCACCUCACUGGAACAACGACGGGGAUGGAACUGGUCUGAAGAAAUCAUACAUCGCCAAGAAGCUUCGAACCUGCCACCCGGUGGAUUGCAAUGUCUUCUUCUCGAACUCUACCUCGCCAGUUCAAUGACAGUAUAUAUCAUCCUCCAGUUCCUCAUCAAAGCCUGUGCACUACAUCCAGAGGCACUGAAGCAAAUGCAAACCGAGCUCGAUACUGUUGUUGGUGACCAGAGACUCCCAACCUUCGAUGACGAGAAGAACCUACCGUACCUAAAAGGCUUCAUCAACGAAGUACUUCGCUACUACCCCCUUGUCACUAUGGGUGUGCCUCGCACCACGACACAGCCUGAUGAAUACAUGGGAUACCGAAUUCCGAAGGGAUCCAUCGUCGUGGCCAAUAACUGGGGUCUUGACAGAGAUGAAGAGCGACAUGACCGCCCUGAUGAAUUCCGGCCUGAGCGGUGGAUUGAGAGACCUGGUUCGCGCGUGGCUGUAUUCGGAUUCGGUCGCAGGGCUUGCUCAGGCGAGCGUUUAGGGCGUGCUUCAUUGUUCAUCGUUCUCGCUAGGUGUCUUUGGGGCUACGAUAUUGUUCCUCGUCCCAACCUCGAUGAUACACAACAGCUGGAGAGUGGCAAUGCAGUCUUUAGUGUCCCCGUGGUAAAUGCUGGGUUUCGCCUUCGAAGUCCUGAGCGCCGCGAGAUCAUGGAGAAGGAGUGGUUGGUGGCUGAGAAGGACGAGGGCAAAAUUAUGGCAGAUCUCGAAGCGAGCGUGAGCCGGCGGCCUGCUUAAAAAUUUAUUAUGGCUUUGCAAUGUUAUUCCUUAUUCGUUAUUGUAUCUUUGCUUGUGGGAAUUGGAGGUAAAAUGGCUGUAUUUAGAGAAGGUAGAGCAAAAAUCACAGGAUCUAGAUACUUCCGC